AUGGAUCCGAGUGGGAUGAUGAACGAAGGAGGAGGACCGUUUAACCUCGCGGAGAUCUGGCAGCAGUUUCCGUUGAACGGAGUUUCCACCGGCGAUGCUUCCACCACCGCCAGGGGUUUCGCUGUGCCUAACGUCUCCAAUCAGUACGCGGAUACGAAUCUAACCACAACGGCAUCUUCCGGCGAUCAGGCGCGUAUGAGUCACGCGCUAUCUCAGGCCGUGGUCGAAGGUAUCUCCGGCGCGUGGAAGCGGAGAGAUGACGAGUGUGAGUCGGCGAAGGUCGUCUCCGCCGGAAACUGCAAUGACGCGAGUGAAAGUGACAAGAACAAAAGACAGAAGAUGAUAGAUGAAGUGUGUAAUGAGAAAGGUGAAACAGAAUCGGCAGGAACAGAUCAAAAGAAACAGCAGCUGAUGGAAUCAACAAAAGAUUAUAUUCAUGUCCGAGCAAGAAGAGGUCAAGCUACUGAUAGUCACAGUCUUGCUGAAAGAGCGAGAAGAGAAAAGAUAAGCGAACGGAUGAAAAUCUUGCAAGAUCUUGUGCCUGGAUGUAAUAAGGUUAUUGGAAAAGCACUUGUUCUAGAUGAGAUCAUCAACUAUAUACAAUCAUUGCAACGUCAAGUUGAGUUUUUAUCGAUGAAGCUGGAAGCAGUCAAUUCAAGAAUGAAUUCUAGCAUUGAGGGUUUUCCACAGAAAGAGUUUGGUCAGCAAGGGUUUGAGAAUCAAGAAAUGCAGUUUGGGUCGCAGUCUACAAGGGAAUACAGUAGAGGAGCAUCACCAGAGUGGUUGCAUAUGCAGAUAGGAUCAAGUGGUUUCGAAAGAACAUAA